AUGAAGAAUACUAUGAUGAAUGUUGCUUUGUUUGUCACUAUGGCCAAUGCCUUUGUGAGCCGCAGUGACAGUUGCUGCUUUCAGCUUACUGCCUCUGGUGGUGCGUCCGGGUCUCUUGGUCAACUUGAUGAUGGGCAAGUUCGUGUGGGCGACUCCAGCUUAUCAACCGCUGAGUUUUGUCUCUCAAACACUAUUAUCACUGAUAGUGAGGGUCGUGGCUGUGUGAUUACUUCGGAAACAACCCAAUUCCAAUGUGAUGAGGGUAGCACAGGCACCUCAGGCUUUUAUUUAACUUCAUCGGGUCUACUCAGAUUUGAUAGUAGUUCCUCCUUCGUCGCAUGCCAGACUGGCGAGAAUAAUGGGCGCAAUGUUUACACUACCAACAGUACUUCUGUGACAGAUUGUGUGAACAUUCAGUUGACAAGCAAUUCAUGUUAUGCUGCUUCUUCAUCUUCUCGGGUUUUAUCUUCUGCCUCGGUCGCUACAUCACCCAUCCCAUCUAGCUCCCCAGCUGUUAGCCCUGUGGUCUCAUCUACCCCCUCAAUCACCAGCUCCCGUCCUCUAGUUUCGACCAACCUGGUCUCUCAAACAAGUCUCACCACGACUCCAAUUGCCUCGACAAAGACCAGUACUUCUAAGGAUGUUGACACAGCAACAACUAGCGCAUCCUCUUCCCAUAGUGCAUCCACGGCACCUGUCGCAAGUAGUGCGGCCGGUCUUACAUCCACGGUUGGCUUCAUGAGUUGGAUCGCCUCAACUACUUUGGCAAUUAUCAUGACCAUUGUCUACUAG